CCGUGAGCAAGCACUCGAGACAGGAGCGAUCAAGCAUCUCCCGAGUCCCCCCAACCUCCAGACCUCGCAUCGAACGGUCCUCUCGUCAGCUGCCUUAUCUGCAGACCCUGGAGUGAUCCUCGACCAUCUCUGAUCGUCCUUUUUUACAAUUAUGACUGUCCGUCCUUACGUCUCUUCUCCAAUCGAGUACGGAAAUGCUGCCUCGUUUUGGGUGGAGUACCCCUCUGGACUUGUCGAUCUAACUCGGGAGGCCCAUCUUCCCACGGAUGAAGCAACGAAGAAAGAUGUUCAAGCUCCAUCGCUGCAACCUAGGACGCAACUAGAGAUUUCGGUAGAUGCAUUACGAACGGUUAGAAUUGCGAAGGAGCGGACAGCCAUCGUGAUCAUCGACAUGCAGAACUUCUUCUUGCAUCCCGACUAUAGGGAUCAUCCUACUGGGCUGGCGUGUGUUCUGCCCCUGAUGAACAUUGUACCUGCGCUACGCAUGCAAGGAGUGAAGAUUAUCUGGGUUAAUUGGGGACUCACUGAACACGAGCUCACGACAAUACCGCCCGCCCUGGUUCGCAGCUUCGCGAAGAAAGGCAGAGGCGGCUUUGGCUCGCUACUACCAGGUAGCUUUGGACGGUUGCUCAUGAGAGGAGAGUACAACGCAGAUCUAUACGGUCCAUUACACCAGAUGUAUGAGGAGGGUAAGAGAGAAGGGACGGACGUCUGGAUCCACAAGAAUCGCAUGAGUGGACUAUGGGGUUAUCAAACAGCGCUCGACCUGUAUCUUCAAGAGCACGGCAUCACGACGCUGUUUUUUGCGGGGGUUAAUGCCGACCAAUGUGUCCUAGGGACUCUUGUGGACGCGUAUGCUAGAGGAUAUGAUUGCAUCACCAUCAAAGACUGUGUCGCUACCACCUCUCCGCCGGGAGGACUCGAGAAUGUGUUGUUCAAUGCUACUCGCAACUAUGGGUUCGUAACCGACACGAGGCGUAUCAUAGAUGCCAUUAAGUAUUCUCAGUGACACGCUAACAAUCAGCGGGAGUAGAAUUGUAAUUGUAUCUUGUUCAGCUUGGAGGUGUCCCUACGGGUUACUUGGAGUUU